AAAUAUUUAAUUAACAAGAAGUUGGUAACAAAUAAUAGUUCCUAAGAAGGCGGAUAAUGGAACAGAAACGUCACAAAACGCGGUACGUGAAGCGUAGAUCGUUGACGUAAACAUAUGUAUGUGAUCCUGGAUUCAUCGUAGAUAAUACGGGACUCUGAAAAUGACGGACGCCGAUGAGGAGAAAUUUACAGUGCAGAGUUUGCAAAUGUGUACCCAACAAUUUGCACAAUCUUUUGACUCUCUGGCAGAAAAUGGUAUCGUCUAUGCUGUAUGUCAAGGCGAAAGAACCACAAAGUUACAAAUCCGUAUAUUACGUCGAGACUUGAAUCGAUAGCAGUAGUAGUCAGAGAAUGUCUGGAAGAUCCGUUGAACAAUCUAGGAGUGGUUCAUCAUCAGUUGGAGCAGAUAUCAGUCAUUGACAGAUAUCAAAAAACGUGCACUCUUUUAGUUCAGUUAUUUGAUCAAGCAGCGAACCUAUCAAGAAUUAAUGGCACAAACAGUCUCACUGUCACAACAGAUUGAUAUUACAAUCCAAGAGGGACAGGUCAUAUGGCUUGUUUAUAUAAUUGAGGAAGAGUUGCAUUUAAUAGCAACGAGGAGUUUGACGUUAUGAACGGAGAAUUAGUCUGUAGAGUUCUUCAAUUGAUGAAUCUGACCGAUUCGAGGCUUGCACAGGGUGACUGUGAGAAACUAGAACUGGCGAUGUUGAGUAGGUCUCAGUAAGUGCCUGUUAGUCGCAAUUUGUCCUUCAUGAGGUGCAUAUCUUAUUGAAACUGUUGUGAUCGUAUGACUUUUUUAUCAUCGUUCAUUAUCAUGUGACUGCGUAUUUUUACUCCAAGCGGCGAUACCGUGAUAAUAAAUAAGGAUGACUUGUCGAGGAAAGCUACGACUCGGCAGAGCGUGUCUGGCAUUCGAGAAUUCGUGCGGGAAAAAAACGAGAGUACCCAAAUAUUUAGUCGUCGCCAGCAGCAGAAAUUUCUCCACAAACCGCGCGCUUGAUAUGAGGUUCGUUCAAUUCACAAACAAAAACGGGGGCCCCCAGCAUCUCGGGGUCCAGCUGAAACAGGGAGGCGACAUCAUCGCCGUGUCAGCGGUCGACUCCAGGAUCCCGAACUCGCUAAAAAAAUUUCUCGAGGGCGGCGACGAUCUUCUCAAGGAGGCUAAAAGAAUAGUCGCCGAGAGACGGAGCAUCAUACCCGAGGAUGACGUGAACUUCUUGGCGCCAGUUACGCGAAUGGACAAACUCGCCUGUAUCGGCCUCAACUAUAGUGGCCACAUUAAAGAACAAGGUGUACCGACUCCGGAGAGUCCGAUAAUCUUUAACAAAUUUCCCAGCAACAUCAUCGGGCCACGGGAUAACAUCCUGCUGCCGCAAAUGUCGGAUAAAGUCGAUUGGGAGGCCGAAUUGGCGAUAGUGAUCGGCAAGAGAGGUAAAUGCCUCAACAAUGAGAACGUCGAGGAUUGUAUCUUCGGUUAUACAAUAGCCCAGGAUAUAACAGCGCGUGAUUGGGCAAAUUCAAACCGAAAUGGCAAUCAAUUUUUGCUCGGCAAAGCGAUGGACACGUUCUGUCCACUGGGUCCGGCAGUCAUUACCAAAGAGGCGAUAAGCGAUAUUAAUAAUCUGUCUGUAAGAACAUGGGUGAAUGGUGAAUUAAAGCAGGACGGCAACACCAGCGAACUUGUCUUCAAACCCCACGACAUCGUCAUUUAUCUUUCGCAAUUUAUGACGCUGUUACCCGGUGAUGUGAUCCUUACCGGCACACCGGCCGGUGUAGGAUUCACACGUAAGCCACCAGAAUAUCUAAAGCAUGGCGACCUUUUGGAAACCGAGAUCGAGAGUCUGGGACGUUUGAGAAACAAAGUAAUCUGAUCUAAGAAAUUGAGUAUGCCUUUGGGAAGCGAUGUGAAAACUUCUUGAUCUUCACAAAACCGGACAUUCCUUCGGGUAUCGACAUCCACGAUGACGUUGAAUCAUCUCAAAAGUUGUGUCUGAUCCGGAUCAGAUAUAUAUAUAUAUAUAUAUAUAUAUACACACACACUCAAACAAUGUCAACAAUUUCAACGCAAUUACAAAUGUUUAUGCCAGAGGUAACAGUAUUCUUCGUUUAAGGCACAAACGCGCCUAGCAACAUUGAUAACGCGGCAACGCUAAUUUUUUGUGUCACACAUUUUACGUACUUAUAUAAUUAAAAUCAGAUUGUUUCUACUGCGUGUCUACUUUAUCUUAUUCAAUCCAAUCCACAUAAUUUUACAUGUUUCAAU